AUGGGCGGUUUCUAUAUGCAGUAUCUCGAAAGAGAGGACCGAAGAGUCCGCCGCGCGGUGUGCGAGGGCCUGCGCGGCAACAAUGUCGGCAACAAUGUCGGCAACAAUGUCAUGUUCCUCCUCAUGCAAAUCCUCCUCGCCAAGUCUACGUCGACUACCCUUGUCAUUGCCCUCAUGGUCUCAGUGCGUCUCUGCCGCCGUCGGGGAUGGAUUGAUCCAGCCUACGAGCUGUACCGAGACAAUAGCGGCUUUACCUGCCUUGUCCUGGUGAACGGGCGGGAGUAUCAGACUGAUCUUGCGUAUGAGUCCGACGUUUUGGCUCAGGAGAACGCUGCCAUGCGUGCGUUCAUGGUCUGUCGCAACUUCUCCGUCAAUGGAGGCAUGCUUGCCCGCAAUGGGAUCGUUCAGGGGCUUCCGGCCACAACGGAAACCGGCCAUCGUCGCAAGAGCCGUCACACGUCCUCGCGUGAGAGCAACGACAGCCACGGCCGUGGUCGACGCUCCGGCAACCACUCGAGCAGCAGCUCCACGGACUCGUUUGACUAA